AGUCGCCGGUAGACAAGAAAAGGUGUUGUUCGGCAAUUUCUGUCGCUGGCUAACAGGGGUUAUUUUAUGGGUCGUUCAAUCGGUUACCUGGUUAUUAUGCAAUCUGACCUCUAUUUAACGAGCGUGACGACCUCCCGUUAUAUACAUUUCAGGCAUCCCUCAAACUCAUAAGGACAGCGAACAUGUCGUUUUGCGGAUCAAAACACAGAGCGAGGAGUGUUGCUGAGGGUGUUGUGAAAAAUGAAUGUUUUGUAGAUGUUCUGAAUAUCGUGCCACAUGCAAUAUUUGUGCUUGUUAGUUUAUUUAUACUAAUAGUUUGGUGCAAAUCCAAGUACUACAAUGCUACAACGUGGGUGCAUUUCAGAGGACACAACGUACGGUGGACGUGUUCGUUAUUUCUAAUUAUUGUCAUUGUGACUGAGAUAUCUGAAGGGUUCAUGUCAGAUGCCCGAGAUCCAGACACUGUGAAUUUCCAUGUGUUUAUCCCACCCAUCAUCGCCCUCAUUGCAACCAUUCUCAGUCUUGUAUUUUAUCACAAUAUAGAACAGUGGAAUUCACCAAGAUUUUUACUUAUUAUUUUAGCCUACUGGCUAUCAGUGUUGCCAAUCAAAAUCCUGAAAGGUAUUUCUCUGUAUCAGAAUGGUACAACCUCUGCUCAUGUUAGAGUGUUGUUAACAUGGACUGAUGUUGCGCUGUAUGUGAUUUUAUUUGGUGUUGAGGUCAACGUCCUCAGGGUUCAGAAGUAUGCAUUCUUCAAGAAUCCUGUGCCAGCAAAAAGUCCAUCCGAUCUUGGAGGAAGCAAGUUUGUCUACAAGCAUGUCAAUUUUUUAUCCAAAGUCACCUUUUGGUGGCUGAAUGGUUUCCUUGUUGAUGGUUACAAAACACCUUAUGAACAAGAGCAUCUAGGAAAAUUACCAAAGGAUAUUCAAGUCGAAUCUGUGUAUAAAAAAUUCAAGGCUGUGUUUGAUGAUGAAUUGGAGAAAUGUCAAAAGAAUGGCAAAAAGCUGAACUUCCACAAAGUGUACCUUCGAGUGUUCUGGAAGAAUCUUUGCCUGGCCGGCUUUUUGAGAUUUUUCGGGGACAUCAUUCAGUUUGUCGGACCUUGGUGUAUUGAGCUGAUCAUUAAUUAUGCAUAUGCUCAGGUCAAGGUCAAGGAGGGUAGCAAUCCGACCAAUGGCAGCCCACUUGGAACUUCUCCGUCUACGGUUUCUAUCAUCCCAUACAACUCCUCCUCCAUGGUCUCCCUCUACAAUCAAUCCAUUGACAUGACCACUCCUUCAAAUAUGAAUUUGUAUAUCCCAUACGUUACUAGCCAUGAGUUUUUCUCCAAUGGUUUUGUGAUUGCUGUUGUACUCGUAUUAACCACAGCAAUACAGUCUGCAUGUCACCAGUACUAUGGAUUUCUCUCUAUUAACAUGGGAGCCAGUUUAAAAGUGGCUGUACAGGCGAUGGUGUACAACAAGGGCCUGCGCCUCUCGGGACUGGUCAUCAACUCGGGCCAGAUGACGAUGGGUCAGAUUCUGAACCACAUGUCUCAGGACGCCACCAAUCUGAUGAUGAUGUUCUUCUUCAUUCACUAUGUCUGGAGCGUACCCUUAACAGUUAUCAUAGCGCUGGUGCUGAUGUACAUGAAGAUGGGGUGGACAGCCCUGAUCGGGGGGUCAGUGGUGGUGAUGGCUGGUCCCAUACAGUAUCUGGUGGGCAAGGGAAUGUCCAACAUGCAGAAAAAAGUCAUGGCUCAGUCAGACAAAAGAGUCAAGAAAUGCAACGAGGCCAUUCAAGGCAUCAAGGUGAUCAAGCUACUGGCCUGGGAGAAGUUCUUCUGCCAUGACAUCCAGUCCUCCAGGAAGAAGGAACUCAAACUUCUCUUCUUCAAUUCCAUCUUCAGAGUUCUCUUCACUUUCAUCCUGGUCGCCGUACCAACCAUAGGAACCAUGGUGACGUUCAUCCUGUACCCAGACCUUGAGGGUAAGCCGUUAGACGUGGGUAAGGCUCUGUCUACUUUGGCCCUGUUCAACAUCCUGACCCUCCCCAUGGCUCUGUUCACCCUCUUCUGUACGACCUUUAUCACUGCCAGCGUCAGCAUCAAACGUCUGAUGCGCUUUCUGUUGUCCGAGGAAACGGAAGGUCUUGCGGAUAAAAACAAGACCCUGACCCACAGCAUUGGGAUAGACACCACAGACCCAGACGGGGUGACCGGGACAGAGGAUAUAAAACUGGACACGAUUGUGGAGUAUUGCAAUGGGACAAAAAAGAAUUCUACGUCCACGAGCCUUCAUAAGGAUGAGGAUAGCAGCAGUCAGAGUUCGCUGGGAAGCAACAUGUCUCGCACGCCAAGUCGAAGCCGUCAGAACAGUAAAGGCUCGCUGCUGGACAUGAUGGAGGGAACCCGGCGCUCCAGUGCCCAGACCAACUACUCAGGAACAGCUUUAACAGUGAAUGAUAGAAAGGACCCAGCGCGUCGCAGACACACCAGCGGGGUGUCCACCGAGGACGAGGAAGAAGUCUCGGAAAACCUCACUGUUAUCGAAGCCAAGAAUGUGUUUGAGAUCAACGACGGAGCUUUCUCCUGGCAUUUAGACCAUGAGGAGGAAAUAGCCCUGAAGGACAUUAAUGUUAAAAUACCUGUCGGGAAGCUGACAAUGAUUGUAGGUCAAGUGGGUUCAGGGAAGACGUCGUUGAUAUCUGCCAUGCUUGGGGAAAUGACAACAGUUAGUGGACAUGUGGAUAUCAUCAAAGGAGCUAACAUUGCAUUUGUACCACAGAAGCCAUGGUUACUGAACGCAACACUGAAGGAGAACAUCUUGUUUGGACAAGCAUUCAACUUCAGACGCUAUAACAAAGUAAUAGAUUCCUGUGCACUGAAACCUGACAUUGCAUCACUUCCUGCCGGAGAUGAAACAGAAGUCGGAGAGAAGGGAAUCAAUCUGAGUGGUGGACAGAAGCAGAGAAUCAGCAUAGCCAGAGCAUUAUACUCCAAUGCUGAUACUGUCAUUCUGGACGAUCCUUUGUCUGCGCUGGACGCUCACGUUGGGAAGCAUGUUUUCGAGGACGCCAUUGUUAAGCGAUUAGUCCGACGUAAAAGGUCUGUCAUCCUGGUCACUCAUCAGCUACAGUAUGUCGGUCACUCCAAUCAAUUGAUCGUGAUGAAGGAUGGGAGGAUACAGUACCAGGGGACGCUGAGUGAGGUCAAGAAGCAAGAGCCGGAGUUGUACGAGUCCUGGAGGCUGGCACUGAGAGAGGCCAAGGCCUCGGAAUCAAGUCGGGACCACCAUGAUGCCCCUAUGUCUCCGUCAGACGGUGCCCAUCCAUUUGACUACAGCAGGCAGAUCUCUGUACAGUCCAUUCUCUCUGGAGGCAGUCAACCUUUCAGCAGACAGAUGUCUGAGAUGUCAAACGCGGAGGAGGAUUGUAUAGAUGCUACAGAGCAGGAUCCCCUUAAGGAGAAGGAUGGACAGCUGGUACAGAAGGAACACAAGGAGGUGGGGGCCGUCUCCCUCCGCGUCUACCUGCAGUACGCCGCCGCCUGUGGCUACCUGCUCAUGGGUGGGAUGAUGAUGCUACAGGUGGGCUACCAUGUGUUACUGGCCUGGAGCAACAUCAUUCUGUCUUUGUGGGCGGAGGAAUCGACUGAGUUCCAGACUCGGCUAGCUCAACUCGGCUCACAAAACAAGAGCAGUAACAUCUCACAGACAUUUGACAAUCACAAAUACAUGUUUGACUAUAUGAUACUGAACAUUUUUGGCCUGGUUGGAGCCUUCAUUGCCAAUCUAGUCCUGUACUUGACCACACUGAGGGCUUCCAAGAAUCUCCAUUUCAACCUCCUGGACACUAUUCUUCAUCUCUCUAUCAGGUUUUUUGACACAAACCCAAGCGGUCGAAUUAUGAACAGGUUCUCAGCGGAUGUGGCAGGAAUUGACCAGCGAUUGCCUUUUAUUCUGGAGAGUUUUACCCGCUGUGUCCUGGUAACAAUAUCUGCCCUGGCCAUUAACGCGAUCGCAACACCCUACUUCCUAAUAGCGGUGGCUCCACUGGCCAUUCUGUACUACUGCUUCCAGUACUUCUUCAGGGCCACAGCCAGGGAGCUUCAGAGGAUAGAGAGUGUGACAAGAUCACCUGUGUUCUCUCACCUGUCAGAAACUCUCAGUGGGAUGCAGACAAUCAGAGCCUACAGAGCUGAGCGGCGGUUUAGAAAGAGAGCUUUUGCCCUCAUUGACAACAAUAAUACUCCCUAUGUUUUUGUGAUGGCUAUAAACAGAUGGCUUGGAAUUCGUCUGGACUAUAUAGGGUCUCUGCUGGUGUUUUUAUCUGCUAUAUCCAGUCUGGCCACCUGUCUGACCGGGCAGACCUCUCCAGCUUAUGUCGGCCUCUCAAUCACCUACGCUUUACAGGUGUCUAUCUACUUGAACUGGAUCGUCCGUAAUGCUGCUGAGCUGGAAUUGUCAAUGAACUCGGUGGAGAGGGUUGAUGAGUUUAUCCACCUGGAGCGAGAAGUUGACUUCCACCAUAAAGGUAACCAUAAACUGGAGAAAGGGUGGCCAGUGCAUGGAAAAAUAGAGUUUAGGAAUGUGAGUCUAAAGUAUGACAAGGACUUAGAGAAGGUGGUGACCAACGCAUCAUUCAUCAUCAACCCUGGAGAAAAGGUUGGAAUAUGUGGACGAACUGGGAGUGGAAAAUCCUCAUUGACCUUGAGUUUAUUCCGCAUGAUUGACAUAUGUGAAGGAGAAAUUUACAUCGAUGAGAAGGACACUAAGAGAGUUUCUCUGGAAGAACUGAGGAGUAACCUGGCAAUUAUUCCACAGGACCCUGUCCUGUUUACAGGGACAAUCAGGUAUAACCUUGACCCUCAAAAUGAGAUCCCAGAUGAGAAAUUGUGGUCAGCAUUGGAGACAGUCCAACUGAAGGAUUCCAUCACAGAGCUUCCCAAUCAGCUAGAUGCCAAUGUGUCAGAAGGAGGUGAAAAUUUCAGCGUCGGCCAGAAACAGCUGUUCUGUUUGGCGCGGGCGUUCCUCCGGGACAACAAGAUUCUUGUCCUGGAUGAAGCAACAGCAUCCAUUGACCUGGAAACAGACAAUAAGUUACAGAGAGUCAUCGCCUCUGCAUUCGGGGACAAAACUGUCAUCACUAUUGCUCAUCGGAUCUCAACCAUUUUAAAGUAUGACAGAGUUAUGGUUCUUGAAAAAGGAGAAGUCAAAGAAUUUGACUCGCCUCAAACUUUGCUCAAGAAUCCCGAAUCCAUCUUCAGCAGUCUGGUACACAGUAAGAAGAAGUGAACGCUGACAGAACGUCUGUGAUAACCCACCAAUCAGACUUAAACUUGACUUUGUGUGAUACAGUUCAAAGCUAUUGUUCAAAGUUCUUCCAAGAAGAGCAGGAGAUUUUAUGGCAUGUAUAAAAACAAAAUGAUAAUGUGAUUCUGUGGUAUUAUUUAUGUAAUGGUUUACUUUUUUAAUUGAUGUGAACAUAUGAAGUGGGGUUUUUUUUUCAUUGAAAUUUUUUGUGUAUAAUGCAUUCGUUGCUUUUUUGCAACUUGUAAAUAAAGAUAUAUCGAUCACUUUAUUUUGUAAAAAAAUCAGUGAAAUGAAGGACCAUUGGUCCUGGACGAAGGAGAGAUGCCUUCAAACUAGAGUCAUCAAUGUACCAUAUAUUGAAAAAAGUUCUUAGUGACAUACUUGUAUUCAGGGUUAAUUAUGCAUGAUAAAGGCAUUAAUUUACAUACAGGUAUUUGUCCUUUGGGAUUUGGUAUUUGUCAUAUGUCCUUUGAGAAAAAGACAAAGUGAUACUGAAGAAUAUCAUUUUUUGGUAAACAAUCUAAUAUCAUGUUUGUGAAUGCAAAUCCUUAGAGGAAUUUUUAGAUUUGUACAUACCUGUGGUUUCUGAUCAGAGAGGGGCAUUCAUAUCGUCUUGUACAACUCUGCCAGUGCUGAUUCUUUUGUAUGAUUCAGGCCUUGUUUUGUUUUGUAGUUGGCUGUCCAUUCAGUGUAAGUUAAUCAUGCUGUUAUUAGUUUUGCCAUAGAAAAUCAUUUGUUGCACAGGUACUAUUUCUUCAACAUUUGCCAUAUGGCAUUUUAUGACAUGAGUGUAUCAUGUGCCAUUUGUUAAUUUUUGUCUCAAUUGCCAUAUGACAUUUUAUCAUGCAUCAUAUGCCAUCCAUUAAUUUUCAUAUGAAUCGUCAUUUUUGUGCGAUUUGCUGUGUGAUAGUUUCAGCAUCUUUGCUGUAUGUGACAAUUUUUGUGUAUGUCAACUUCCACAUAUUCCAAACACUUAGUAGAACUCUUUGUGUUAUUGUUGUCUUAAUUAGUAAAAUAUGUCAUGACAAAACGAAUGCAAUUGUGUAAGAAAUGUUUUAUGUGUGGUUUUCACAACUUUAUUUUUUUCAAUCAUGAUUGACAAAACGUGUAUUGCUAUUACAAUCAUAUAUUGUAUUUCUUAUUUUUGUAUAAACGGACAAAUCUGACAAUGCUAUGAAAAAAUACUCAUUUUUUCCACUAUGUAGAAAUUAGAUAUUUUUUAAUGUGAUUACUGAUUACGAAGUUAAUUGUUAUGAAAUUGUUCUCCAAGAUUGACAUAAUGUGUCCAUUAGCACUGUUUUCGUGCAAAUUGUAACAGCGCUGUGUGUCCUGUAAUUCAGUGACGAUUGUUGGUGAUUGUUUGUUCACUUCUUUGAUCCAAAACUAUCUUUGUUUUUCUUUGUGUUUCUUUGUAUACACUUUCCUAACUUUGCUUUUUGUUUGUUCAAUCAAAGAAUUAUAUAUCUUAAACAAGUUUUAUUUGAUACAAAUAAAUAUGAUUUUUGUGAUAGAAGUAUGACUGCAAUGAUUUUUAUGUUUUCUGGUUUUUUCUGUUUUUUGAUUAUUUGUUGUGUUAUAAUUUAUCUGUGCUUUUUUAUCAAAAAAUUAUAUCUGCAAUGAACUAUAUGUUUUGUUUUGUUGGUUUAUUUGAUGCUUUUUAUUUUAUAUGUGCUUUUUGUCAUAUUAUCUUGUUGUUAGAUGUAAAUUUACUGGUAUUUUAUCAUUGUUUAUUCUUAUUUACUUGGCCAACUCUAUGAGUUUAUGAUAGCAGAUUUUUAUCAGUUAGCAAACAUUGACCAAAAAACUCUGCAACAUCUUCAGAAAGCGUCUCCCCUAUGAAGGAAACUGGUACUUGUUGUGAACGAACAAUAUCAAAAGUAUUUAAACAUGCAAUUUUCAAUUAACGAUUAUAAGUAUUUGUAUAUAAAUUUGCCAACGAUACAUAAAUAGUAUUGGUAGAUGCAGUUUCUAUGAUUGUGUCUAGUAUUGUAAACAAUAAAUUAAUGUAACUUGUAGAUGCUAUUUAUAUGGAAAUGGACUUUUAUUUAAACAUGCAUUGUUGAGAAGACAUUUACCUUACUGGUAAUUAAUUAGAAUUUUGGGCAACGACAGUGUCUUUAUUUUUUGUGAAAAUGGACAGUAUUUGAUUUAUUGAUGGGAAUUUAAGAAUGAAUUUUUAUCAAUCUUGUCAAGUAAACUUCAUAGUAAUAUUUUCCAUGUUAAGUUAGUUGUAAUAUUCUGUAAUGUGAGCCACAGUUAACAGAUUUGUUUUGUUAAUGACCUUACUAUUACAGAGAUUGUCUCGCACUGUAUGAUCAAUGUUUGUUUUUUAGUGGAGCAGUCUUGCUAGAGUCCUGUUUGGUGCUAUUCAUUUACCUAUACAGAUGUAAAGUACAGUAUGUGUACAGAUGUACAGCACCAUAUGCGUAAACCUGUAAUACGUACAAAAGGUUUACACCUGUAACAUAUGUAUAGUAAGUGUACACCUGUAACACAUGUACAGUAAGUGUACACCUGUAACAUAUGUACAGUAAGUGUACACCUGUAACAUAUGUACAGUAAGUGUACACCUGUAACAUAUGUACAGUAAGUGUACACCUGUAACAGAUGUACAGGAAGUGUACACCUGUAACAGAUGUACAGUACAGUAUGUGUACAAACUUCAAUUUGUUGUUUUAUAAUCAGGUCACUGUGUGUUAAAAAUGGCUAUUGGAUUAUAUUGUAUGAUAGAUUUUUAUUUCAUCUAAUUGAAUUGCGUGUAGAUGCUAGAUUAGAUAGGUAUAGUUUUGAUUAUACAUGUAUUAUCAUUAAUUCUUAAAAAAGUAGCAUCUUAUUUAUAUAACGUUUUACUGACAACAAUGGUCUUGGUGUGCAUGGGUGGGGACCAUAGAGGGGAUGGAUGGGCUGGGGGUGGGCCAUCUAAUUGUUUAGGACUAACAAGAAGAGUUGCUGUGAUUUACAUGUUUGCUGCUCAGGAUGCUUACACUGCCAAGACUGAGGAUCCUGAAGUCUGAUCAAAACUUGGCCACUGUGGCAAUAGUACCCAGUAGUACAUAGUACCCACUAGUAGUCCACAGUAGUACAUGUAGUGUAGUAUGACACAAGGUGAGCCAGGGUCCCAUGAUACAAUCUCUUUAUGACUAAGACCUCUUUGUAUUUCAUCAUUUAGUCUUCUUAUUUACUCCUGAAUAGCGAAUACAGGUGUAGGCAAGUAGCAGGGAACUUUUUCUUAUGCUUUUGCAUUAAAAAAAAUGCAUUCCUCUAACAUUUCUCUAAAUAUUUAAUCUGUGUAUGUAGUAAGUCUUUUUGGUUUUUCCUACCCUUAUACUUUGUGCCUGCUACUUUGACCAACUGAUCAAUAAUUUGUUAUUUAUUCUAUGGGAGGGAGAUGAUCCUAUUUUCUUGUAUAAAUUAGGGCCCAAACUCACCUAUGAUAGCCUCAGACAUUGCCAAGAACAAACAGAUAGUUAGAAUUUUCAGAGAUUUUUUUGUAUGUAGCAAUGCAACUUGUAAGAAAUGUGAAUAAUUUGAUGUUUCACAGAAGACGAGACUUUAGAAAACAAAUGGGGUACACUGACAAUAUAUUUUGUUGUACAGAAAAUUUUGUUUAUUUAGAUAUCAAUUUUACAAGUUUUAUGAAUUUUAGGAUCAAAAUAAAAAAGUGAGUGUAUA